GGCGGCGGGACGGCGGCGGCGCCCGAGCCCGCGGGGCGGCCUCUGUGGUGCGGAGCCCGGCGGUCGCCGGACCUCGGUCCGAGCUUUUGAGGCUCCGCCCCUCGAACCUUGGGACUAAUCGGAUUGAGAGCGCGCGGGCCCGGGCCGCGAACUCGCCAAUUGCGGAGGGCGGUGGCCACCGCCCAAUCGGGAGGAGACAGGUGCGAGGUCCGGAAGGCGUAAGCCAAUCAGCAGCGAUUGCGGCCUGCGGGGGCAGGCCUUGGCCAAUAAGAAGGCCGGAGUGACAGCUGCACCCGCCAAUUGGGAGUGAGGAGCCCUUCGUAGCCGUCCGCCCUUCCGGCCGGAGCUCUAUUUACCAGGGGCGUGCAGCCCGCUUGCCAAUCAGAGCGCGGCUGCGCUGCCCGGCAGCCAACCCCGGAGGAGCGGCCGGCCGGCGUCCGCCGCACCGACGAGUUGGGGAUGUCCUACAAACCCAUCGCGCCCGCCCCCAGCAGCACCCCUGGCUCCAGCACCCCUGGGCCAGGCACCCCGGUCCCUACAGCCGGCAGUGUCCCGUCGCCGUCGGGCUCCGUGCCAGGAGCCGCUGGCCCUUUCAGACCCCUGUUUAACGACUUCGGACCGCCCUCCAUGGGCUAUGUGCAGGCGAUGAAGCCCCCUGGUGCCCAGGGCUCCCAAAGCACCUACACAGACCUGCUGUCGGUCAUAGAAGAGAUGGGUAAAGAGAUCCGGCCCACCUACGCCGGUAGCAAGAGUGCCAUGGAGCGCCUGAAGAGAGGCAUCAUCCAUGCCAGGGCACUAGUCAGAGAGUGCCUGGCAGAGACAGAGCGAAACGCCCGCACGUAACAGGAAGCACCUUGGCCUCAGCUUCUGGACCUUUCCGGCCACUGCAGAACACCUGCUUCUCCCUGGCCUUCGUCCCAAGUUGCACUUCCUAUCAUGGGCUUCCUGUCCAUGUCCCUCGGUGGGUACCCUCCAGGAGCCAGGGAGCUGUCACUCUGGCUGGCUGCACAAACUGGUCCCUGCCCUGCAAGAGUUAGCAGAGAGGCCGCUGUGAAUCCUACCCAUGACCUGCCAAUGAUGUCGAUCCAGCUGGAGCUUUCCUUCCGGUGGCCCCACCACUUGUCUCAGGCUUUCCAAUCCCAUCCGGGGCUCAGAAGGCCUGUCACCUCCCUGCCUUGUCUCCAGGGCCAUAGCGACUGUUUUCUCAGUGUGUCUUUUGCUAAAUCUUCCCUUUUUCUAUAAAUAAAUGAUGAUUUGGAGUUGUU